GACACAAGGCCAUUUUGUGCUUCGACACCACUCCUCCUGUUUUCAAACUUUUUUUCUAACUCAGCCCCACAAUUCUCUCAAGUUGAACACAUUUCGACAUUCACCAUGAAUGCUAAUCUAGUUCGCCAGCUACAAGAUAGCGUGCUCGCAGCAUGGUUUGAAGGAUGGGUACCUGGCCAGGCAGUAUCUGGUAACUUGAUGAAGAAAUGGUUUGGGAAGGACGAGGCAUUUGACAAUCGGCUACGUGAGGACUUUGGAAAACCCAUACAAGAUAUUUUGAAUACUGGAAAUCUCAUUUCGGAUUUCACAAAAACUCCAAACGGAACUCUAUCGCUUGUUCUGAUGCUAGACCAAUUUUCAAGAAAUAUAUAUCGCGAUUCUCCAAUUCCUUUCAUCCUAGCAGACCCGCAAGCGAGGAUUGUCGCUAGACACGCGUUUGAAAAUGGUUAUGAGGAUAAGCUGCAUCCCGUCCACCGAGCAUGGCUUUAUAUGCCAUUAGAGCAUUCGGAAGAUAAGGUAGACCAAGCACUCUCUGUGAUGAAAUUCCAGCAACUGGCUGAAGAAAGCAAUGACACGUACAAGGAAUUGUUCGAAUCGUUUUCCAAGUAUGCUCAGGAUCAUAAAGCCGUCAUUGACAGAUUCGGAAGAUAUCCCCAUCGUAAUAAGGUCGUUGAUAGAAAAAGUACACCUGAGGAAGAAGAGUUUAUGAAAGACCACAACGGCUGGUGAUAAUAUUGUCAUCUCUCGUUAUUGGCGCUAUAUUCUGUCAUUUAACAUUUUGCCCUACGGCAAAAUAAACUUUCCAGUGUGGACAUUGGAAUG